AUGGCCAAGGAAGUCGAGAUGACCGACACGGAGCGGGCUCUCUUCGACUGGGAGUCCACCGUCGACAGCAUCAACAAGGAAUCCAUCGCAGACCACCAACCUUCGCAGGCAGAGACGACCUCAUCCACUCGUUCAAAGCGUGAAUCCAUGGACAUCGCUGGCAGUGUCUUCCUCAUCGCUUCCGACGGCCGCCUGCUCAGCCUGCCCAUCCCGAGCGAGUCGCCCUCCGACCCCCUCAACUUUGAGCGUCGCCGGCGGCUUCUCCGGGAAAACCUAUACAAGGCCUUCCUUCACACUUUCACCAAAGAGGAUAUGGCACCAUUCUCGGUCGAGACCCUCUCCGGAAGCCCGACGUUGAUGAUGGGACUGAGCUUCUUUCUGGAUCCCCAUGUCGGUGGCCUUCGGCAGGAGGCCACUCAUUAUCCUCUUCUUGCGGCCAUAUGCAUGAUGGGUCUGGCCGGCGGAGCUACACUGAGCACCACCAUCCUCCAACUCAUCGACAUUACAUUCAUCCAUGAACGUCCCCUCGCCAUCGCGACCUUUUGGUGCGGAGGCGGUGGCCUACCACUCCUUGUGCUCGCGAACCUGCCACUGAUGGUCGAUGUGGGCAAGGACUACCACAGCGUCUACAGAGGACUCGCCAUCCCGAGCAUAAUCAUGCUCAUCGUUAUCUUCUUCUUCGUCCCCGAGACGUACUUCCUCCGCCCACCGGUCGCCUUCGACGGCCGCGUCCUGGUCCAGUCGGGCACGGAGAAGGUCAGGAUGUACGAGGAGUGGUGGGACGUGCCCGGCGGCGACAACAGGUCCAUCCGGGCCAUGGAGAACGGCCUCCCCAACCUGACCGACCUGCCCGUGCACACGUGGCGGGUGACGCCCCUCCGCAUCUGGAAGCGGUCCGUCUGCGAGCCGCGGGCGGCCGUCGCGAGCUUCAUCCAGAUCUUCCUCUGCGUGGCGAACCCGCUCGUCUUCUGGGUGACCCUCCUCAACUCCAUCAACUUCGGCGGCAUGAUGUCCGUCGGCGUCGGGUUCCCCGUCCGCAUGGCAGAGGCCCCCUACCACCUGCCCGCCUACGCCGUCUCACGCGUCAACUUCUCCGCCGCCUCGGGCAGCUUCCUCGCCCUCCCCGCCGCCUACUUCAUGCUCAACAACGUCAUGAAGCGCCUCACCCUCCGCAACAAGGGCGUCCGCCACGCAGAGUUCUACCUCCCCGCCUUCAUCCUCCCCGUCGUCUCGGGCGCCGUGAGCGUCUUCAUCUACGGCUUCGCCGCGCGGGACAAGUGGCACCAGGCCGCGUACCACGUCGCCUACGGCCUCAACGCCUUCAGCUACGCCUCGGCCAGCGUCGUCAACACCAUCUGGGUCGUCGAGUCCCUGCCGCAGUGGGCCGCGGCCGGCAUCGCCGUCGUCGGCGGCGUCAGCUACGUCGCCAGCUACGGCAUCACCGCCGCGCUGCCCAUGUGGAACGCCGCUGCCGGCUACGUCGCCGUCAACUCGGCCAUCGGCGUCGCCAUUAUGACCGUCGGCCUCUUCGCGAUCCCUAUUGCUUUCUGGGGCAAGAACGUGCGGCAGUUUAUUAGUGGGCGGUUCUCCGCCUACGAGGGCGGUGCCCUGAGGCCGCAGUAA